AUGAGGAUAAUCCUGCGGAGCUGACUGAGACUGAUGAAGAUAAGCGUCCAAAAUUUGGAAAUCGCUUCCUGACUGAUGACAAUGAUGUCUUUAAGCACAAUGCUUGGUAAAUAUCUGAAGUUUACAUACAAUUUUACUUUGAAAUGCCGUCAGUGCUCAGAGUGGGAGCACACGCGCUAUCGGAAGAAACCAGCUGCUGGUGGUAGAUUCUUAAACAAUCCACGUGAUGUAUAUGAAUUUAAUGCUUGGGACAAUGUGGAAUGGGACGACGAGCAGGAGCGUGCAGCGCUUGCGGCGGUAAGCAAAAAUUCCACUGAGAAAAUGAAAGCGGAAGAUAAGGAAAAAUUUCAAACUGAUGCCGAUAAGUUUUGGGAUUCUUUCUAUGGCGUGCAUCAAAACCGUUUCUUCAAAGACCGUCAUUGGUUAUUUACGGAGUUCACAGAACUUGCUGCGCCGCAGACAGAUAAAGUGGAAGAACCCAGAACCAUAUUCGAAUUGGGCUGUGGUGUGGGAAACACUAUAUUACCUAUAUUGAAAUAUAGCCAAGAGCCGAAUUUAAAAGUUUAUGGCUGUGAUUUUUCUGCACGCGCUAUUGAAAUACUACGCACGAGCAAGGAAUAUGAUUCCAAACGAUGCGAAGUGUUUGUCAUGGACGCUACCCUUGAAGAAUGGCAAGUUCCUUUUGCUGAAAACUCAUUGGACAUAAUUGUGCUUAUUUUUGUACUAUCUGCAAUUGAGCCGGCGAAAAUGAAACUUAUUGCUGAUAACUGCUUCCGUUACUUGCGACCAGGCGGCUUGGUGCUUUUCCGUGACUACGGGCGUUAUGAUAUGGCGCAGUUGCGUUUCAAGAGCGGAAAAUGUUUGGAAGAUAACUUCUACGUGCGUGGUGAUGGCACAAUGGUUUACUUUUUUACCCAGGAAGAGGUGCGAGAACUCUUUUGUAAAGCUGGUUUCGUAGAAGAGCAAAGCAUUGUGGAUCGACGAUUGCAAGUCAACAGGGGUCGAAUGCUUAAAAUGUAUCGGGUCUGGAUACAAACGAAAUUCCGUAAGUCGGUGAAGGAAAAUUAACAACCCUCCGAAAUGCCGAAAUCCGAGAUUUCCUUUUAUAUACUGCUCAAAGGUUGAACCUUUAAUAAAUUAAAACAAAACAA